AUGUCAGGCCUUCCAGAGGGCUGGGACGCCGACUACGAUGGGCGACGCUGGUUCUACAAGUACAAGCCCACGGGACACAUCCAGUACCAUUUCCCAAAGGAGGGCGACGAGUUUCCCGACUUUGUCGACACCUUUUCGCCCGUUCCUGAUCUUGCGCCGGAGGAACGUCUAGCAUCGCAGCAUCAGGUUCGGCGACAGACAAGCACGACAAAGACAUCUGCGAAGCUGAGCCCGAAAAAGGACGAUGGGGGUUAUGGUAUGUCUGCCACGGCGCGGCCGGUGAGCAUGACAUGGGACGGCGCUCUUGAAGAAGAGGAGCCGGCAGUGUUCCAGCCCGAGAACUUCAUGUAUCUCGGGCCCGGCACGUAUAACGAUGUGAGUCCCCUGGCAGAGGAGGAAGAGGAAGCUGCUAGGAGGGUUGUUGCGGGGGGCAUUGAAGGGAGAGUUGACUUGAGCCCUUCGAAAGGCGUGAGCCCACUCAACAGUGAGAGAACGACGCCUGCUCAGGGGACGACACACGCGGGACCGAUUAAUGGAGAGCCAGUUGUGGUGCCGUCUACAGUUAUCGAGGAGAUUCACGAAAUGCCUGGCAUUGAGCCGCCUCCAGUACACGACCCGGUAGGCUUCAUUGCUGAGAUGCCGACAUAUGAUACAGCUCAAGCACGUAUCGAAACGCACCCUCCACCUAUCGAGAUGGCUGAUAACACGAUCUUGGCACCCAUCGAGACAGCGGUUCCAAUGGUGGCUGAGUUACCGGAGCGAACAAGUCCUACCGACAAGAAGAAAAACGAACCAGAGCUUGCGCCCGGGUCGUUAAGAAAUUAUGGUGCACAGAUGCAGCCAUUGCGAAUUACCAAGCCUGUAGAGGACUCGCCCGGGUUCCAAACAUAUAAGCAUGAGGGGCGUGCGGAAAUACCUCCUAACCCAGCACCUCUACGACGUGCGACAUUUCAACCUGGGGAGCCAUUGGCGAAUUCAAGUCCUAUUCGACCUCCUGAUAGGGGCCAUGCUGGCACGCCGAAUGUGCUUUCGCCGCCUCAAGUGCCACCUAAACGUCCUCUGGAUGAGCAUGAGCCUUCUCAGCCUCAGCUGCCUCCGAAACACCAUUUUGAUCGGCCCUCUCAGUCAAACUCACCACCAGGUAUUAUCAGCAAUGGGUCUUCGGCACAGGGACAACAGCCUGGACUAAGUAAUAUGCCUUCUGUCUUGAAGCCAGCGCGUGGGAAAGCUCCUGGAGAGCAGCCUGCAAAACCACCGCAGGGCCAUAGCUAUGUGCCACCCGUACAAGGAAAACACCCCCCGUCUAUGACUCCGGCCCCGCAGACUCAACAGCAACGCCCUGAAGAGCCGAGGAUGGGUGUUCAGAGAGUCAACACCGUGCCAGAUUCACUACCCUCCCAAAGACCCCUGUCUACGAUUCAAACUGGGCAAAGACUGCCGCCAAGUACAAUGAAUCAGCAACAUCUGCCAAAACGGCCAGCCAGUGUGAUGCCUGAUAUGAUGGGAGGACAACCUCCAGGACAGAUGCAAAGUGGUUACAAUUCUAACGUGAAUCUGCCUUAUCGAGGUCCUGUUGACAACAUACCACCGAAAGGCCUUCCUCGAUCCGCGACAGCAGGACCUACAACACCGUUUCCACCAUAUCCAGUGGACAACCUGCCUUAUCCUGACGACGAACCGAUUUAUCGUAGAGAAAAUCCUCCAUAUCCAGAAGAGCCUUUCGUACAGCAGCCGAUGCCACCACGUCAAAAUUUUAUAGAGACUUCCUUUCCAUCUACCAACAAUCGACGACACUCAUCGUAUAGCUCUGCGAUCGUCUCACCAGAUUCUCGGCACGGGAGCAUGUCUUUUCCUUUGGAAACACCGUCGCCGAUGGAGCAAAGUCGCCGCGCAUCUUCCAAUUCAGUCACUAAUCCCAAUUACACUCCUUCUCCUGUCUCUCAUAACUCCCAGUCGGUUUCAAGCUUUUCCCCAACUCCCCCUUCCGCUCCAACCAACCAACAUCAACAGAGUUCCUACUUCACUAUGCAAGAUGUUGAAGGUCAAGGACAUAAUGUCGCUGCUCGAGAUGUGUUGCGCAAACAGUCCUUCAGUAGAGGCGCAGAUGCACGACGGAGCUCUGUUGGGGCAGAUCCUGCUUCUGCUCAGCGCGGAUCUCCUUUGUCGCAGCAGAUAUCACAGGGUUACAAUACACCAGCACAGGGCCUACCACGUCAGCAACAACCGCGAGGGAUAUCUCAAGGCAACACCGCGCCGCAGAAUCAACCCCCUGUUAUACCUACGCCGCCACCUCAAGGACAGCAGGGUUUAGGCCGAAUUGAAGAAUACGAAGAAGCCACGAGUGCAAACAUCAGUCGUUCUUCGACUAUAAGUAUGCCGCCUGAGAUGAGGAGAGGUUCGAUGGUUUCCUCCGCGCAACCAAGUCCAGUAGGAAGUCGACGAGCCAGUUGGCAAGCUGAAAGUCCGAAGAAUACUUCGCCUAGCCAGUCACAGAUGCAGCAAGGCCAGAUUCCUCAGGGCUACACAGGCCAGAUUAUGCCUCAUGGGCAAGCUCCCGGUGUUGCUAUGCCAGUUCAAAAUGCGAAGCAGUUGCAAAGAAAGCCUUCUCAGGGGCACGCGCCCCAACCGCAACUUCAGAACCAGCAAAUGCCCGUUCGUGACGCAAGAAUACCUCAAGGGAUGCCUGUACAGCGAGGUCCUGGGCCAGGACAACUCAAUCAAGGCAAAAUGCCACCGACCCAAGCUCAAGGUCAAGUACCUCACCCUGGUCAGACCGCGCAAAGCCAGAAUGUUCCUCCUGGACCUGCACCUCAGGGAUUUGCCCCUAAGCCUGUGCCAACGAGACUACAGAAGCGAUCUUCCUAUGGCCCGCCCAGUCCAGCAGUGCAAAAUCCUCCUCCAAACCAGUUUCCACAAGGACCUAUGCCUCCCCAGAUGCGCCAAAACCCGAUGGCACAGCAAGGCCCAGCGCCGGGCCAAAUGCCUCCACUUGGGCAUCCACAAACUCUACAAAUGCCUCCUGGACAGACACCCAACGGACGAGUGCAGCCGCAAGUCCAAAUUCCUCAAGACGAUCAAGGUUGGCAACCCAUCCCACAGCCUACGAUGCCUCAGAGUUCCCGGCUAGUCUCCAUGCAGCCUCAGUCCCAGAGCGCUGGAGCAAAGGAAGGGAAAGAAGGAAAGAAGUGGCUCAAGUGGUUGAAGGGCGGUUCCAAAUCUGUCUCGCAUAGUCCGACUACACCAGUGAUUUCGUCGCCUAUAUCACCAGUUGUUGGGCGCCCAAGCUGGGGAGGCGGUGAGUAUUCGCAGCAAGCUGUGUGGCAGCCUGGACAACCUACCGCUGGUGCAAUGCAGGCAGGCUUUCAAGGGAAUAUGGCACCUCGGCCUUUACAGAUACCCCCUCAGCCUAUGCAGAUGCCACAGCCUGGGCAAGCAUUUUCUCCGUCGGGUCAAGCGCCUUCUCAAUAUAGCCAAAUGGGUUUCCAGUCUGGUCAACCACUUCCCCAGGCCAAUCGACUACCUCCUCAACCCAACCAAAUGCCUGCGCAGUCAGGACAGUUGCCUCAUGUCAACCAGUUACCUCCACAGGCAGGUCGGAUGCCUCCUCAAGCUAUUCAACAACUUCCACAGGGGCAAGUUCCUCCUCAAACAGGGUACCUACCUCAGAAAAGACAAUCACAGCCUCAACAGGCACAACUGCCCCCUCAACAGGAAUCUAGGCCACCACAGGUCAAUCACAUGGCUCCAAGAACUAGCCAAGUUCCUCCAUCUGGUCCGUUGCCGGUAACUCAACAUCAGCCUCAACCAUAUCCAGGGGCGGUACAUUCUGUAGCAGGACCUUCGACCAUGAAACCCGCAAAUUUACCUUCUAAUGUGCCAGAACCUUCCAUGGCACCUCCUGUGAGGGUGGAGCCUAGUAACGUCCCUCGUCAAGAGCCUGCCCGGCAACCCUCCCCGGCCGAGCCUCAACAGUUACAACAAGGACCUGUACCUCAGGUUAGAGCUCCUCCUCCUCAGCCGCCUCAGACAUCUGCGUCAAACACACUACAACCGCAGCCAAAUAUCCAGAGAAGUGCAUCGCCAUCACAACCUGCAGUGAGCCCGAGUCUUUCUGAUGUGGCUGCCUCCUCAAUAAGCCGCAUGUCUUCUUGCAGAAGAGACAGCUUCUCUGACGCUGGCUCAAUCACGACUAUUGAAGUGGCUCAGGCCCAACCACAGCCUGUAUUAAAGCCUUCCAUUGUUCAGGUACACAGAAGAUCGACAGACUUACAGAGCAUGUCUCAAAAGGGUCUGCCGUUCAAUGGCUCGCAGUCAAGCUCAGAUGUUACUCCAAGAAUUUCUGCCGAAAAUGCUCGUGCUAAAAUAGAACCAAUACCGCCAACUUCGAAGUUCCAACAGCAGCAGCCUGCAAGGCCUGAGCAAACGUCACAGUUCAGUGCUCCUGCGAAUAUUACCACCACUGCACCUUUGUCCUUCAGUUCCAACGCCGCUCCCAAAUUUGUUCAGCCUAAUACUCAGAACCAACAUGAGAACAAAGAACAGCCUCCUAUUAUCUCCAACCAACGAAACAACAACGAGGCCAAGGCCACACCAAGUGUACAACCUGCCAAGCCAGCCCCCGUCCAAGACAAGUGGGCUAAAAAGCCUGUGGUCGAUUAUUCUGGUGGAGAUUGGGGAGACGAUGACGACUGGGACUAUUAA